ACUGAGUUCCAUUGUACAGUAUGAAGUGCAGGAUUAGCAACCGUUUGAUGCUAUCAAAUAAGUUGACUUCCUGUCCCCUUAUCUGUUGGCAAAGUCUCUUGGACUGGUUACAAAUAUGGAUGUGUACAGUAUAAAAGAAGGACUGAAAGAUUGCUGUGCAUUAGAGCUGCAGUCAAGCGACAGAGUUUUACUUGGAACACUGAUCAGAGUGAAAGAUGCAUCUCAGCAGUGUAGCCGUGCUGCUCCUGCUCCACAUCCAGCUUGGCAGUGCUACACAAAUCGAGCCAAACGUGCUGAAGACACUGGUGAAAGAUUUCCUUCUUAAGAAUCUAAACACACCUGGAUAUCUGGAUCAGAUGAGCUUCAUGAUUGGACUGACUCCUGACCAGUGCAAUGGUCAAAGUCCAGUCAAGUACCUGGAGAACGGGGAGGAGAAGCAGCAGCCUAUUGUCACCAAAUCGGUACAGGAUUUCAUAACCAAAUUGAAAGCCAACUACAUUGCAGUGCAUCCGGAUCCCAGCGAAUACUGCUCCGAGUUCAAAAUCUUGAAGAAACCAACAAAUGGAUGGGACCCACCACUGGACAAGGAAUCCAUGACGGGAGCGGAGUGGCUGGGGGAGAAGCUGGAGCAGACGCUGCAAAAUGGGGGCUGCAUGGUCUUCUACACCACCAACUCACCCUGCCUGAAGCACUGUUUCAGUGACAAUUGCGAAAGAAGGAUCGAUGAUCCUCUGUCGAAGAAACCCUUCUCUCUGUGGCAUAAAGAGGGAAAAGUGCACAUGUACUUCAUCUACACCCAGCUCUUCCAUGAUGAAAGCAAUGUUGCCCUAACCCUAACCCAACAGAAGGUCAAGGAAGGUUUCUCUAACCUGAGGAAACUGGGCUUCACCAUCGAGAUGUGCCCUUACCAACUGCAGCUGUCCUGCCCCCAAUGUAAAAGUGUGACCGCCUGCACAAACUGCUUGAGCAAGACAACCUUCUGCAACAACUGCAAAGACAAGAUGUAUAAAUGCCAGACCUGCAAGUCUGUUGACUACCAGAAGACCUGCAAUGAUUGCCCAGAAUUUAAGGGGGAUUGUAUGUGCAACAAGAUCCCCAAGGAGAGACAGGUAAAAUGCAAUCAGUGCAGGAGUCACAGAAAUGACUGCUUCAACUGCCAAAAGGUGUACUGUGACGACUGCUCUAAUGUUCAGAGGGAGUGCCUGGAAUGUGAGAAAGUAAGAGAGAAUGAAUGUAAGAGUUGCCGAAACAGUCGCCUGGACUGCUACGAAUGUCUCAACCAGCGCAUCGAGUGCCAAGUGGAGCAAUGAAAAGGAAAUGAGCUGAGCUUUCUUUUGUACCGUUUUCAGUGUUUGUUUUUAGUCGCUUACAUUUCAGUCCAUCUCUCUGUUUUGGUGGAACAAAAUCAGUCUGGUCAGUCAGUAAUUGGCAGUGCUCAAAAAUACAUACUCUAAAAGCACACAAAGUAAUAAAUACAUGGCAAGCUAAUGCCUGUUCUCAUGUUUAGUGUAUCCAGCAUGUGUGUUACCCCUCUGCAUUUACCUUGUUGGAACUGCCAUACUCUUUGUAAUCAUCAUUAAACUCCAGCA